AUGAGUACUGUAAGUGCUGAAGAGAAGAAGAGGCUGCUCUUAGAAAGGAGAAAUAAAUGGAAGCAGAAAAAGGCAGAGUUUGAUGCUUUAAAGGUGCGGCAAGAAACUAACAAAGAGAGUAGAGUUGAAAGCAGUGGGACGCUGAGCAAAAUAGAAAAUGGUACGCAGAAGGCAUUGAAUCGCAACGAGGAAAGCUCAAAGCCUGUUGGCAAAAGGUCUUCGAAAGUUAAGAAGCGAGCAUUCGAGGAAAGUGACGAAGAAGAGGAGCCGGCGAAGGUCGAGCUUUUCAGACCGGAUGAACACCCGGACGUCAAUAGCCCCCUAAACUUGGAUGCGGGAACGACCGUCGUAGAUGAAGAUCCUCUGGAUUUGUUCAUGCAAAGGUUGAACACCGACAACAACGACAAAGAUCGCGGGAUUUUAGAUGCAGACGUUUUGGACGAUGCCCUUUCCGAGGAAGAGGCCGUUCAUGAGAUUGAUGGUGUCGAAGCAGAGUUUAUGCGCUUGAAAAAACUUAAAUCGAAGAAAAGAGUCAAGAGAUUGAAUACCCAGACCCAAAAAUUAGAACCAUUCGUUAAGGACUUCUACAUAGAGCCAGAGGAAAUUAAAAAUAUGAGUGAAACUGAAAUUGAUGAACUGCGGCUCGGUCUAGAUAACGUCAAAAUCAAAGGUCAAGGCUGUCCUCGCCCUAUCGUAAAAUGGUCGCAGUUAGGAUUAACCACGGAUAUUAUGGACUUAAUAACAAAAGAGUUUGCCUUUGUAUCACCGACGCCCAUUCAAGCACAAGCAAUUCCUGCCAUAAUGGCUGGACGAGAUGUAAUUGGGAUAUCUAAAACAGGGUCAGGGAAAACGGUAUCCUUCUUGCUUCCUUUACUAAGACAAAUAAAAGCUCUACGUCCGUUAACUAGCGGGGAAACAGGACCCAUGGGAUUAAUUCUUGCACCCACCAGAGAGCUAGCCGUCCAAAUUCAUGAAGAAACAGAAAAGUUUCUGAAUCCCGUAUCCAAACUGCGAUCAAUUUGCUGUACAGGCGGUUCUGAACUAAAACAGCAAAUUAAGGAAUUGAAAAAGGGUGUCGAGAUUGUUGUCGCUACUCCAGGAAGGUUUAUUGAUCUUUUGACGCUAAACUCAGGAAAGCUUUUGAAUACAGAGCGCGUUACUUUUGUUGUGAUGGAUGAAGCGGACCGUUUGUUCGAUCUUGGUUUCGAGCCUCAAAUCACGGAGAUCAUGAAGACUAUAAGGCCGGAUAAGCAGUGCGUUCUGUUUAGCGCAACGUUUCCGACUAAGCUGAAAUCUUUUGCAUCAAGAAUUUUGGACAGACCCAUCAGCAUAACCAUAAACUCAAAAAGCUUGAUUAACGAAAACAUUGAGCAGCAGUUGAGGAUUUACGACAAUGAUGAGAGUAAGUUUGAAGGUUUACUCGAUAUUCUCAGAAAACAAACCCAAAUGAGUUCAGACGAUGAAAGAGACGAAAAAAUCAUUGUGUUUCUAUCUAGUCAACAAAUUUGUGACUUGAUUUACUAUAGGUUGCAGGAGCAAAAUUACACAACAUAUGCCAUACACGCUGGUAAACCUUACAAUGAGCGAGCUUCAAGUUUGGAGAAGUUUAAAAAUACGAAAAAUGGGAUUCUGUUGUGUACCGAGGUUCUUUCUCGGGGGCUUAACGUUCCAGAGGUUUCUCUCGUCAUUAUUUACAAUGCUGUAAAAACCUUUGCACAGUAUGUUCACACUACCGGUCGAACUGCACGUGGUGACAAGCAUGGAACUGCUGUUACGCUUUUGUUGAGCGACGAGUUGGCGGCAUCCUACAUAUUGAACAAAUCGCUGCGCGAUACUGAGAUAGAACUGCUCGACGAAGGAACUAUUGAGAAACUGAAAGCUAUGGCAAAUAAAUUUGAUUCGGGUAUGAAGACAGGCAAGUACAGACUCACCAAAGGUUUUGGAGGUAAAGGGCUUGAGCACAUGGAGAAACUCAACGACGAGAAACACAACCAGGAGUUAAAGCAGUAUAACGUUCCUGAACAAUCCAAAGGAUCAGAGAAGGAGGAUGACAACCAUCCAGAGGCCGACCAAGUUAUAGUUCCAAAACUAGAAUAUGUCUUUUUGCAAAACAAAAAUCCAAAUGGGCGGAUAACUUACAGUGCGGAAGUCAACGUCAAUGAUCUUCCGCAGCUUGUGAGAUGGGAAGCAACCAAAAACACAACAUUAUCUUUUAUCAAGCAUGAGACUGCAUGCAGCAUUACAAAUAGGGGAAGGUUCUAUCCAGAAGGCUCCGGCCCUAAAAGUGCAAGUGAUGAACCUAAGCUGUAUCUGUUAAUAGAAGCACAUGAAGAAAAAGAUGUGAGACUUGCUAUUGAACUACUCGAGGAUAAAGUUAAGGAAGGAGUCAAAAAAGUUAGCAUCAAUGAAGCCAAGAGCAGUAAGUUUUCGUUAUAG